AUGCAAAUCACCCUAACAGGAAUUUCUUCCUACGGCUGGUACGUGAUACGCGUUUCUGCAGUUAAUUCGGUUGGUGCGGGAAAAAUUACCAGCAUCCUCUUGCACAUACCACCUGGUUGGUUAGUGCGAAUUCGCCCUGAUGCUCCUAAGGCUCUUGAAUCCUCAACUUCAUUCCGUUCACCAUAUCUUGGAAUGCGGCUUCUCGAUAUGGGAGUUGAGGCCAAACAUUCACGACCGAAACUCGACGCUUCUCUCUUGCCGCCCAUUGUCUUUUUGCAUGAACGGUUGAACCUACUACAAAUUGAGGUAAGGUAUAGUCGCCUCCUGCAAAUGACUGCUUGA